AUGGUAGGAUCAUCUGAAAUGUCAAAGAAUGAGACUAUCCGGCCUACGACACCCAAUUCUAAUCCUCCCAUCCCUUCAUCUACUUCGUCAACCUCAUCGUCCCGUACUCCCACCUCCGUAGUCAAUAUACCUUCAACGAAUAGAAUUCGUAAUCCUGCACCUCCAUCACCUCUAUCAAAAGUAUCGUCAGUCUCACCAGAUUCGAAUAUAAGUCAUCUACCUCUUACUUCUGCUUCUUCAUCUUUGUCUUCAAUCACCUCUUCCUCACAUGCCAACGCAAAUACCAACGCAAAUGUGAAUACCGAUACAGAAUCACCAGUAGUAUCCCCAUCAGGAGGAGGUUCAAAAGGAAUGAGUAGCAACAGUAACAAUAGUAUACCUUUACAUUCACCUUGUUUUAUCCAUUCGCAUCUGGAUAAGACUGGUUCAUUGCAAGAUUGGUUAAAGAAUAAGUCAACGCCCAAUCAUCAAGCACCAAGCUCCCUUUCAGGAGGAUCAAAAGCUGCCUCUACAUCCGGUUCAAACGCAAGUACGUCAACCUACCGUAACGCAAAUGGAAAUACAACAACGCAUAAUCACAAUCACAACCAUAUUUACCAUACUGGAAACACAACUAAACCAACUAGACAACCUUCUUAUCCAGCUUUCCAACAAAAUAUGCCAAAUCCGUUACACUCGCAUUCAAAAUCCGCUCCACCUCCGAACGCAAUGUCGAGGUCACAUACUCCAUCAAAUUCGAUGCCCACAAGCCCAAACGGUACUUCGUCAGGAAGUAAGUUUCCUUCACCCAUAGUGAAAGAUAGUGGAUAUGAAUCGGAUCAAUCUUCAAUUAAUGGUAAUGGAAGUGGUAAAUUUAGUGGAAGUGCUAUCUUAGAUGGUGAUUUGGUUGAUGAUUCAGAAGAAGGUGGUAGCUUGACUAGACAGUUGGCGGAGACAGCUCAAGGUGUGAGAGAGAUGAGUAAGGAACUAGGUCGCACAAAGGUCCGAUCCCGUAUCCAACACGUCCUCAUCGUCACCAAAGCACGCGACAACCGACUUAUCAAACUAACUCGUGAGCUCGCCAUCUAUCUUAUGCAGAAGAAAGCGGCAGCAUCUACGGAUGGCGCAAGUAGACCGGGACAUGAGGGCAGGGAUCGCGGGAUGGUAGUCUAUGUCGAUGCUCAACUACGAACCUCGAAAAGAUUCGAUGCAGCGGGCAUUCAACGAGACUUCCCAGAAUUCUUCCAACCACUCUCAAGGAGGAGGAGCUCUUCUUCGGCAAGUAUAAGCACUUUAGGCGGCCUAUCAGCAUAUCCUUCAACCACGAACAUGUUCGACUUUCAAAGGCGUAGUAAAGAUGAAGGUCAGCUGAGAUAUUGGACUUCAGAGAUGUGUAGUACCUCUCCACACUUGUUCGAUUUCGUCAUUACUUUGGGUGGUGAUGGAACCGUAUUGUUUACUUCUUGGCUCUUCCAACGAAUCGUUCCUCCAGUUCUGCCUUUCGCUCUAGGUUCCCUCGGAUUUUUGACCAACUUUGACUACGCCGGAUACAAGCAGACAAUGGAUAAAGUUGUUGAUGAAGGUAUUCGCGUCAAUCUCCGAAUGCGGUUCACGUGUACCGUAUACCGAGCUAUCGCUCCAGAAGAAGCUGCUUUGGCUGCUAGUGCGAAAGGAGGGAAAAAGCGGAAAGCCAUUAAGAAACCAGGGGGAGAAAUUUUGAUGUCGCAUGUGGACAAGGGUGGAUGGGAAAGCUUGGAAGGUCCGCCUCCUCAGGGGUGUCUAUCCGAUGCAGCGAAGAAAGAUAAAGAAAUCUUGUGCUUCUCGACCAGACCUGUAGAACAAUUUGAAGUGUUGAAUGAUUUGGUAGUAGACAGAGGACCCAGUCCAUACGUCAGCUUGCUGGAGUUAUUCGGGGACGAACAUCACCUUACGACAGUUCAAGCCGACGGAUUGACUGUUUCCACUCCCACAGGUUCUACAGCUUAUUCUCUUUCAGCGGGAGGAUCACUAGUUCAUCCUCAAAUUCCAGCCUUGCUCAUCACACCAAUAUGCCCUCAUACUCUAUCGUUCAGGCCGAUGUUACUGCCGGACAGCAUGGAGUUGAGGAUUUGCGUACCAUAUAAUUCUAGAAGUACCGCUUGGGCGAGUUUCGAUGGUAGAGGUAGAGUAGAGCUCAAACAGGGAGACCAUAUCAAAGUCACCGCGUCAAAAUACCCAUUCCCUACUGUAUGUGCAGACAAAGCUUCCACAGAUUGGUUCUCUUCCAUCUCUCGAACUCUUCGUUGGAAUGAGAGAGAAAAGCAGAAGUCAUUCGUGGUGGUCGAAGAAGAAUCCGAACCUCCUGCAGAUACUAAAUCACAUCAAGCGAGUACGAAUAAGAGACAAUCCGAGAAGGAUGGCCAAAAAGCUGCAGAAGCUGAAAGAGCCGCUGUGAGCGUGGAGGAUAAGGACAACGAUGACGACGAAGAGGAUGAAGAGGACGACGAUGAGGAAGACGAAGAAUUUGAUAUAGAUGACAAAUCUGGCGGAGAAAACAGUAAACCUUCUUCGCAACCUUCUUCGCCACCUAUUGAAGCGGAAAACCCUCCUGCAAUACCAUCAAAUAAACUGCAUUCUAUGCUCGAUCGUGCACACAGAAAUGGUUUGGAGACUCCAAGUAGAUUCAUGACACCUUAUGAAGGCCCUCCACCAUUAUCACAACGACAUCUGGUAGAAGCUUUGAAUAAAGCUGAAAUAAGAGAAAAGGAUAACGAAUCUGGACAGCGAGAUAAUAUACGGGGUGAUGGGAGUGCAUUCAGAUUCAAUAGUAAACAUGGCGAACAUUUAAUACCACCAGGAAGAUCUAAUAUUACCUCACCAAAACAAGGUCAAGAUGAAGAUGACGAUGACGAUCAAGAGAAAAUAAACGAAUCUGAAUCUGGUGAAGCGGGAGAUUCAACAACGAAUGAGGAAAUUAAAAUCAUAGAUCAGAAGACCCCAAGACCCGUUAUGACCCAUUCCACAAGUGGGAUUCAGCAUCAACAUCAUCAUCACCAUCACCACCAUCACCAUCAUGCCGAAGGCGACAGACGCACAUAUAGCAAUAACAAUACCCAUGCUGGGAGAGGUGAAGGUAAAGGAAAAGCUAAAGCUUUCGCUUUCUUUGGUCAGGAUGACUCUGCAAGCGAUUUAAGCGAUGAUCAUUCCGAUUGCGAAUAA